AUGCCGGUCCAAGGCGACCCCUACGGUCACCCGAGGCCGCCGCCGGCGUACGACGUCGCUGUGCGGCCCGCUUCGCCACGCCAUCAGCAGCUCUACCAUGGUCGCCACCAUUCCCGCCACCACCAACAACAUCAAAACCACGCUUACCCAGCUCAUGAUGCGCUCCACACGCGCCACGCGCACCAUGCCCCCCUCAAGAGCGAAUAUCCCGACCAGGAACACGCUCCCAUGAUGCCGUCUCACUCGACUUCGCACGUCACCUCGACACCGUACUCGGCGCAGCAGUCGUCGUCCAGUCUGCCGGCAACCGUACAGCGUCCAGCGCACCAGCUCGUCCCUGAACAGCAGCACCAGCUCGCCAACAUCCACCGCUUCACACCCUCCUGCUCGCGCUGCCGCCAGAAAAAGCUCAAAUGCGACACCGACCUCCCGUGCAACCAGUGCAUCGCAAAGGGCGUCCACGAUGAUUGCCGCAAGGAUGCCAGGAUUCCCCGUGGCAGGAAGCGCCCCAAGAUCAGUGCAACCUCGUCCUCCGGUCCGGACGAAGAGAUCGCCGCGCUCCGCAGACGCGUCAAGGAGCUCGAGGACAUGAUGGCUCGCCAGAACCGUCGCAGCUCCUCGCCCCGUCCAGCCUCGUCCUCUUCCAGCCAACGGCUUUCCGACAAGCGCUCGAUUCCCUCACACAUGCUCGGCACCAGCUCGCGUGGCUCCCAGACAUCCGCUCCGUCCGACCUCGACUACAGCCAUUCGCGCAACAACGCCAGCCCUACCGCUGCUUCCUUUGACUCGGACGACGACCAGCUGCCCGGCGAGACCGAAACGUCGCUCACAACGCUCGAAAAGCUCGCCGCCUCCGAUCCGCGCGUCACCGAGCCGGGCCACGGCAAGGCCAUGGCCAAGCAGAUCAACAACGUCUCCAACUCCCAGAUCCCUCCGGAUGCACCCAACGCCUACUUUGCGCCGCCCACGGCGCUCAACGAGCGCAUCGAGAUCCUCACCUUGGCAAAGCGCAUCAUCCCGUCCAAGUUCAUCGCCGACACCCUCAUCCACACUUUCAAUGUCCGCUGUCACAGUUGGGUGGGCCGCAUCGUGCACAUGCCCAGCUUCCAGCGCGACAUUGACUUUUUCACGCACGCCUCGGUCGAGGAGUGCCUGCUCUCACCCAAAGGCAUGUACGAUCUCGCGCGUUACCUCAUGGUGCUGCGCCUCGGCUUGCGCUUCUACCCGUGGAAGGCCAGCCCGUUCACCAGCGACUCCUCGCCCGAAUUUAUCGCCAUCAACGCUCUCAAGAAUCGCGGCGACAAUGUGUCGGGCCAAUGGCUGACGCUCGCCAAGCGUGCGCUCGCGGCGGAUCGCACCUUCAGCCUCGGAUCGCUCACGGCGAUCCAGACCGCGCUGCUCAUGAUCCUCGACGGACGCGACUCGCCCAGCUACCUGCGCAUGCUGCUGCGCAUCGCCAUUCAGACGGCACUCGACAUGGGCCUGCACCGCCUCGGACGCGCCAUGCCCUCGCCCGCAAAUCCGGACGAGGACAUUGUGCGCCUCGAGACGGGCGUGCGCAUCUGGUGGUAUCUGGUGGUCAAGGAUUGGUGCUCGGCGCAGCGAGAGGGUGCCUACACCAUCCAUCCGACGCAGAUGACCACGCGCAAGCCGCUCCAUACCACCGACGCCAUGCUCGCCGCGGGCCGCACCGACGAGAUCUCGCUCGGCGAGCACUGCGAGAUGAGCUACACGCUGUGCCAGAUCGGCCUCGCCAACAUCAUCCGCGAGAGCAUUGACCUGCGCAACGAACAGAGCAUGCUCGGCGGCACCUACGACUCCAUCUCGCCCACCAACCGCAAGCUGCUGCAGGUGAAGCUCGAGACUUUCCUUGCGGAUCUGCCGCCGUUCUACGAGCUCGAGAGCAACGCCAUGCAUCCACCCAUCGUGGCGGUGCAGCGGAGUCUGCUGCAUCAGCAGGCAUUCAAUGUGCUGCUCAAGCUCAACCGCAAGAGUCUGGCGUCGUACAGCGAGCGCGCGACUUGCACGCUGUUGGCCGAGCAGAUCGUGUCGACGCAGACGCUGCUGCGCAGCGUGUGUCCGGUGAUCGACGGGUUCUGGGUCAACUUUUUGCAUCUGUUCGGCGCGACGCUCACGCUGAUCAUCUCGCUGCUGCUGGAUAGCGAGAUGGAUGCAGAGGCGAGGGAGCGGCGCAGGCGCAAGGUGCAUACGGCGCUGACGACCAUGCGCGAGACGCCGGGCUCGGAUCGCGGCAGCCGCAUCAUCGAGACGCUGCUCGCCGAGGAGCAGAGGCUGUGGCAGUCGCAUCACGGCUUGCCGCUCGAUCUGGCCAGCUUGACGCGUCGGAUCGUCGAGCAGACGCUCGACUCGGCGACGAGCGCGGCGGAGCGUGGCGGCGGAGCGAUCUCGGUGCCCAUUGAGGCGCACUGCGGUACGAGCGUGUGGGACGUGACGCCAGACGAGUCGUUAAUCCCGGCGUUCGCAUCGGGCUGGGGUUCGGCACCGCUGGAUGUGCUGGAUCCGACGCAGCUCAUGCCGUGGCAGCCCGCCGACGAGCUGUACAGCCGCCCUUCGCGGCCGUACAUAGACAGCCUGCGACCAUGGCAGGAACCGUCGUCGCCGCGCACCGAGUCCGGAGGCCACAACCCGCUCUGGGACUGGCUCUUCUCGCAUGCCGCCCUCCUGCACGGGCCCGAUCCGCCGGUGGAGGGAAAUCCCAACCCGCCACAGUCGCAGGCACAGCUUCCGCCACAGUCGCAGUCUUGA